GUCGAAUAGCAGAAGUAUUUUAGUUAAGAAUAAAAUCUGAAAGGUGCGCUCGAUUAAACUCUAUUAUAUUGUUAUUGUAUUACUUAUUUGGUCAAAUAUCAUCAAUUUGAAAACAUAUACAAUGUUAUUGGUUCCGGUGAUUCUGCUGAGUGCAGUAUUUAUUCUGUUUGUUGGGCUUUAUACGCGAAUGUUAUUUAAUCACCUGCGUAAAGUCAAAAUCGUCAAAGUUACGUCGAAUAGCGGUGAACGGUUUGUUGAGGAGUACAAACAAGCACCCGGUCCUUUACCGUGGCCAAUUAUUGGUAACUUGCACUUGCUGUUGCGUUUCAGUUUUCCGUUCGACGCAUUUACACAAUUGUCGAAAGAAUUAGGUGACAUUUACAGUCUCACAAUUGGAUCUACCCGCUGCUUAGUCGUCAAUAAUUUAGACGUAAUGAAAGAAGUUUUAAAUCAAAAUGGAAAGUUUUUCGGGGGUCGGCCAGACUUUUUACGCUAUCACAAACUAUUCGGUGGAGAUCGUAAUAAUUCACUGGCCCUCUGCGACUGGUCGCCUCUUCAAGAGAAGCGACGAAACUUAGCUCGAAGUCAUUGUUCCCCUCGCGAACCGACUUCUCAUUUUAAAAAAAUGUCUGAUGUGGGUUGCUUUGAAAUCGAUGAAUUUGUGAGCAAACUUAACGGUGAAAUCGACAAAGGAGGAGAGCUUGAAAUUAAGCCCAUUCUCCAGCAAACGUGCGCCAAUAUGUUCUCCCAUUACAUGUGUUCGGUUCGAUUUGAGUACGACGACAAAGAUUUCCAAAAAGUCGUAGAAUGUUUCGAUGAAAUAUUUUGGGAAAUUAAUCAUGGCUGCCCACACGAUUUUUUCCCCUCAUUAGCUCCAUUUUAUCGCAAGCACACCACAACCAUCGUUAAUUGGUCUGCUACGAUUCGCUGCUUUAUUUUGCAGCGUAUAAUGCACGAAAGAGAAAUUAACAUAGAUUCGGAAGAAAGCGAAAGGCAUGAAAGGGAUUUUACGGAUGCUAUCAUAAACAACCUUGCUGAGAGUGAAAAUGUGACACAUGACACAGUCCUUUUCAUGUUGGAAGAUUUCAUCGGCGGACAUUCGGCUGUGGGGAAUCUUGUUUUGCUAGCUCUCGGUCACGUUGCCAAAAAUCCUCUUAUCGGAGAAAGAAUACAAGAAGAAGCGGACGAUAUUUGCGAAACUGCCAAUAGAAAAAUCAGCCUUUAUGACAUGGCAAGAAUGCCGUAUACAAUGGCUACUAUAUAUGAAGUUUUGCGGCAUUCAUCUUCGCCAAUUGUGCCGCAUGUGGCCACUGACGAUGUUGUCAUUUCUGGAUAUGGCGUUACAAAGGGCACUGUAGUCUUCAUAAAUAACUAUAAGUUGAAUACAAGUUCAGAACUCUGGGAGAAUCCAGAAAUGUUUGAUCCCGAGCGCUUUCUCGAAAGGACAUCACAAACAAAUGCUCAGAAGUCUGUGGGCAAAAGCUUCUCCAUUCGACGAAACUCGGAAGGUUCGGAUUCAGGUGUCGAAUUGGAGAAGGCCGGAAAAUCGUCCGCAACCAACUUGAUACAAAAACAGCAAAAAGCUGAAAAAACUGACGCAGGAAAAGAAAGGGCACGACUGAAAGCCAAUAUUCCGCACUUUAUACCUUUCAGCAUAGGAAAGCGAACUUGCAUUGGGCAAAAUUUGUUACGUCGCUUCGCGUUCAUUCUUUUGGCGAACAUUUUGCAACGAUAUGAGGUGAGUUCCCGAAAUGUGUCUGCGAUUACAACUAGGCCCGCAUGUGUUGCCUUGCCAGUGAAAACGUAUCCGCUAGUAUUUACACCUCGUGCUCGUAUUAAAUGAUGCAACAGAGAUAUAUAUGUAUAAUUAUAAUUAGUUCAAUAUAAUUCACAUUUGGUACGAAUUAGGAAAAUUGUGGUUCAGGGGAAAAUUGUAAUGGUUCAGAUAACACAAAUACUGUUCUCUGGUAUAUUUUAUCAUUUGCUUGUUAGAGUCACAUGAAAGAAGAUUAAGUGUGCUAUGUAGUUUUUUCACGUGUAAGACUGAGUUUAUGCUCUAAAAUAUAAAUACGAAAUAUGAAGCUAAGCUUGCGGCUUAGACUAGAAGUUAAGCAAAGCAAUAAACUGAUGAAAUAUGCUCUUUUAAUUUAUUAAUCUGAGAGAAGAAUUCUUGUUAUUUCCAUUUACGAAACGAGAACUGAAG